GUAGCGGGCACGCGCAACCGAGAAGAUGUCUCCGACGCCGCCACUCUUUAGUUUGCCCGAAGCGCGGACGCGGUUUACGAAGUCUACCAGAGAGGCCUUGAACAACAAAAAUAUCAAGCCAUUACUGAGUACCUUCAGCCAAUUACCUGGCAGUGAAAAUGAAAAAAAAUGUACCCUUGAUCAAGCUUUCAGAGGUGUUCUAGAAGAAGAAAUUAUAAAUCAUUCAUCAUGUGAAAACGUUUUAGCUAUUAUUUCUCUUGCUAUUGGGGGAGUAACUGAAGGUAUUUGUACCGCAUCUACGCCUUUUGUAUUGUUGGGAGAUGUUUUGGAUUGUCUUCCUUUGGAUCAAUGUGAUACAAUAUUCACUUUUGUGGAAAAAAAUGUUGCUACUUGGAAAUCAAAUACAUUCUAUUCUGCUGGGAAAAAUUAUUUACUACGUAUGUGCAAUGAUCUCCUACGAAGAUUAUCUAAAUCCCAGAAUACAGUCUUCUGUGGACGAAUUCAGCUCUUUUUGGCCAGGCUUUUCCCUCUAUCUGAGAAAUCAGGUCUUAACUUGCAGAGUCAGUUUAAUCUGGAAAAUGUCACUGUUUUCAAUACCAAUGAGCAGGAAAGCACACUGGGUCAAAAGCACACUGAGGAUAGAGAAGAAGGAAUGGAUGUAGAAGAAGGGGAAAUGGGAGAUGAUGAAGCUCCAACAACUUGCUCCAUUCCAAUUGAUUACAACCUAUAUCGAAAAUUCUGGUCACUUCAGGAUUACUUUAGGAACCCUGUGCAGUGCUAUGAGAAGAUUUCGUGGAAAACUUUUCUUAAGUAUUCUGAGGAAGUUUUGGCUGUUUUUAAAAGUUAUAAAUUAGACGAUACUCAGGCCUCAAGAAAAAAGAUGGAAGAACUGAAAACAGGAGGAGAGCAUGUAUAUUUUGCAAAAUUUUUAACAAGUGAGAAGUUGAUGGAUUUACAGCUGAGUGACAGUAACUUUCGUCGACACAUCCUGUUGCAGUAUCUCAUUUUAUUCCAAUAUCUCAAGGGGCAAGUCAAAUUCAAAAGUUCAAACUAUGUUUUAACUGACGAACAGUCACUUUGGAUUGAAGAUACCACAAAAUCAGUGUAUCAACUACUAUCUGAAAACCCCCCUGAUGGAGAAAGAUUUUCAAAGAUGGUAGAGCAUAUAUUAAACACUGAAGAAAACUGGAACUCAUGGAAAAAUGAAGGCUGCCCAAGUUUUGUGAAAGAAAGAGCAUCAGAUACCAAGCCUACAAGAGUCGUACGGAAGAGAACAGCACCAGAGGACUUCCUAGGGAAAGGGCCCAGCAAAAAACUUCUGAUGGGAAAUGAGGAGUUAACAAGGCUUUGGAAUCUCUGUCCUGACAAUAUGGAAGCCUGUAAAUCAGAGACAAGGGAAUACAUGCCAACUUUGGAGGAGUUCUUUGAAGAAGCCAUUGAACAGGCAGACCCUGAAAACAUGGUUGAAAAUGAAUAUAAGGCUGUGAACAAUUCAAAUUAUGGUUGGAGAGCCCUGAGGCUUUUAGCACGGAGAAGCCCUCACUUCUUCCAGCCAACUAAUCAGCAGUUUAAAAGUUUGCCAGAGUAUCUUGAAAACAUGGUAAUAAAGCUAGCCAAGGAAUUACCACCUCCUUCUGAAGAAAUAAAAACAGGUGAGGAUGAAGAUGAGGAAGAUAAUGAUGCUUUACUGAAAGAACAUGAAAGUCCUGAUGUUCGGCGAGACAAACCUGUAACAGGGGAACAGAUAGAAGUUUUUGCCAACAAGCUUGGUGAACAUUGGAAGAUUCUGGCUCCCUAUUUGGAAAUGAAAGACUCAGAAAUUAGGCAGAUUGAGUGUGAUAGUGAAGACAUGAAGAUGAGAGCUAAGCAGCUCCUAGUUGCCUGGCAAGAUCAAGAAGGAGUACAUGCAACACCCGAGAAUCUGAUCAGUGCACUGAAUAAGUCUGGACUAAAUGACCUUGCAGAAAGUCUAACUAAUGACAAUGAGACAAAUAGUUAGCUUCUUUCUUUCUUUUUUUUUUAUUAAAACUGUGAUAAGAUUUUGUUACCAAGCAGCAUUUGAUAAGAGGUCCACUGGUUUUGGUAAACAAUAAACAUUUUUAUAACAAAAAAAAA